GAGGUACCAAGGUUUCAAAAAGGGACGCGCGUAUUUCCCCCCUAAAUAUUAUUCUCACACCCCAACAAUCCUCAAGUAGCGCGUGAGCUGUUUUUUUCUUACAACGCGUCGUUAUUUUUCUUUUCUUUUUUUUCUACACUAUUUAAAACCCUCACAGACGACCGAGCUUGGUUUUUGCAGUUUACAUCCGUUAUUCUAGGGUUUUUUGAAGGUCAUUAUCAGACCUUCAAACCCCAGAUUUCACCUCCCUAUCGCUCCGGGGUUAACAAUUUCUUCCUACACUACAUUGCAUUACACGAUUGACAUGAUCAAAGAAGAAUCAGUCAUUACUCAACUACUGAAAAUCGAAAAUCAAUUGUUUAAUAAUAGGUGUAAUCAGUAAUUUAUUCCUCAUCUUAAUGUCAUCAUCAUCAGCUUAAGUCAUCAGUUCUGUUAGUAGAUCAGAACUGUUUAAAUCUAUGGCUAAUCUUCAGAUGACGAAUGGAGCACGGGAGUCAGCUCAGAAUUCUGGUGGGGAUAUUCAACGGGUUCUUGAAUCCUUGAAGAAACAAGUUGCUAUUGAUCGAUGUGUUUUCGUGAAGCAAAAGAUGGAAGAGAAUAGGCAGAAAUUGAUAGGUAUUACAAACCAUAUGCAUACUGCUUCAAAGAUGAGAGUACCCAGUACAAUUUCUGAAGGUGAUAAUUGCGUUGAUUUACUGACUAAGAGGCAGCAAGAUGCACUUUCUACGUUAAAUGGUGCUAAGGAGGAAAACGAAUUUAGUGGCGAUGAAGAAAGUAAUGCGUCCUCGACUGUUCUUAUAGGGAGCAAUUUUGGAGUAAAGAAUUUGACUCGUAUUGUUAAGCUUGCCGAAGUUUCAAAAAUACCUCCAUAUACGACUUGGGUAUUUUUGGAUAGAAAUCAAAGGAUGACUGAGGAUCAGUCCGUAGUUGGCCGAAGGAGAAUUUAUUAUGAUCAGAUUGGCGGAGAAGCCCUUAUUGCAAGUGACAGUGAAGAAGAAGUGGUUGAUGAUGAAGAAGACAAGAAAGAAUUUGGCAAUACUGAAGAUUUUAUUCUCAGGAAUGCCAUUCAAGAAGUUGGUUUAUCUGUUGAUGUGCUGGAUUCACUUGCUAAAUGCUUUUCUAGAAGACCCUCUGACAUCAAGGCACGAUAUGACAUCUUGAAUGGAGAAAACCCUGUGGAUUCUUCUAAGAAGGCCGAUCUCAACGAUGAGCCUAAAAUUGAGGAUAUAUUUCGUGAUAAAGAUCUAGAUGCAGCUCUGGAUUCUUUUGACAACCUUUUCUGCCGUAGAUGCCUGGUGUUUGACUGUAGAUUACACGGGUGUUCCCAAGAUCUUGUUUUUCCUGCUGAUAAACGACUACCCUGGGCCCCUCCAGAUCCUGAAAAAGAACCGUGUGGCAGCUGUUGUUAUCGACUGAUUUUGAAGUCAGAAAGUGUUGCUACUGGUAGUUGUUCUGCGCUUGAUGGUUUUGAAGAUAAAGCAAUUGCUUCAUCUGGCAGUGGGGGUCAUCAGACUUCACUCAAAAAGAAAGCUGUUGCUUUGUCUAAUGGAAAGAGAACAAAGUCAAACCAGAGUGAUAGUACUUCUUCCAAUGCAAGAAAUAUAUCAGAAAGUAGUGAAUCGGAUAUACGACCUCAGAAGAAUAAGAUUUCCACCCAACAGUCCUCACCACCUAACAGUAAUGUUGCCUAUAAACAGGAACUUCAAAUGAGAAAGAACAAGCGAGUUGCUGAGCAUAUUCUUAGUUGCACGCGAAAGAGACCGAAGAAACUGUCAGCUUCCGAUUCUGACUCAGUCGCCGAUGGAUCUCCUUGGGUCAAGGAUAGGAAGCUCAGGUCGAGUUCACGUAAGGAUAAUGAGGAUGCUAGCUCUUCUUCGCAGCAGAAGGUGAAGUCUCCAGCAUCUAACAGGUCAGGGCAGAAAGAAUCACCAUUUCAGGACCAGAAUGAACCAUUGCCAGUUGAAGUCCAGGACGAACCAUGUCACGAAAUGAUUAAAGACUCGCUUGUGGUGGGCAAUGAUGAUACCUCGAGGAAAGAUGAGUUUGUUGAUGAAAACAUGUCUAAACAUGAGGGGGAUAAAUCAUGGAGCACUUUCGAGAAGUGCCUUUACUCAAAAGGAUUAGAGAUCUUCGGGAAAAAUAGCUGCUUAAUUGCAAGGAACCUUUUGAGUGGCAUGAAGACAUGUGCUGAGGUAUUCCAGUACAUGAGCUUCACCAAAAAUAAGCUUUGUAAUAGGGCUGAUGGUUCAAAUUCUGCUGAGGGCCAAACCCCAGGUGACCGCAAUGAUACUAUGGUUAGUUCUCGAUGCCUGUUUUACCUUGCAUUGCAUAUGUGCACACAACAGCUAAAACAAUUACUAAAAAUGUGCACAUUUCAGGGUCGAACAAGAUCAAGGUUCAUGCGAAGAAGAGGUAAGGUUCGUCGUUUGAAGUAUAGCGCAGGCUACCAUGCUUUUAGGAAGCGGGUUAUUGAGAGGAAGGAUCUUCCGUGUAAGCAGUUUAAUCCCUGUAACUGCCAAUCUGCUUGUGGAAAGCAAUGUACGUGUCAUUUGGGUGGAACCUGUUGCGAGAAAUAUUGUGGGUGUUCUAAGACUUGCAAGAAUCGCUUUAGAGGUUGCCAUUGUGCUAAAAGUCAAUGCCGAAGUCGACAGUGCCCAUGCUUUGCUGCAGGUAGAGAAUGCGAUCCAGAUGUUUGUAGGAAUUGUUGGGUUGGUUGUGGUGACGGUACUCUCGGAGGCCCUCCUCAAAGAGGUGAUAAUUAUGAAUGUAGGAAUAUGAAGCUCCUUCUCAAGCAACAACAAAGGGUCUUACUUGGAAGGUCAGAUGUCUCCGGGUGGGGAGCGUUCAUAAAGAAUGGCGUCAGCAAACAUGAAUACCUAGGGGAAUAUACCGGCGAAUUGAUCUCACAUCGAGAAGCUGACAAGCGUGGAAAGAUUUACGACCGCGAAAAUUCAUCAUUUCUCUUCAAUUUGAAUGAUCAGUUUGUCCUUGACGCUUACCGGAAGGGGGACAAGUUGAAGUUUGCUAACCAUUCUCCUGAUCCAAAUUGCUAUGCUAAGGUGAUGAUGGUAGCAGGUGAUCACAGAGUUGGCAUAUUUGCUAAUCAAAAGCUUAAUGCGGGAGAGGAACUCUUUUAUGAUUACCGUUAUGAACCUGACAGAGCUCCUUCUUGGGCAAAGAAGCCUGAAAUUCCAGGUUCCAAAAAGGUGGAGGUAGCACCUUCAAAUGGUAGAGCAAAGAAACGUGCCUGAUUUGUCUUUACUAUAGUACCAGAGUAGAAAAGUUAGGCCAAGCUGACAUUUUGACACAUCUAGCAUCCUUAUUGUGAGUUGAGGUACCAGUUAAGAGAUUUUGUCUUUACAGUACUAGAAUAGAGAAGUUUGGUGAAGCUCUCUAUGACGACACAAUUAACAUUUUUGAAUGUGAAUGGGCAUGCCAUAAUUUGAUCAUGAACAAUUGUAAUGGUUUCACAUUGACAUUUUCAACAAUUUAAUAUAUUUUUCUUGUUUUCA